AUGAGCGACGAUGGGAUCGCGAUACACCACAAUCUCACAGGCAUAUGCCAGACGGCCAGUCUGACAGUGGCGAAGCAGCACAUUUCUUCAGCCUCGCUGGAUGGGCCUUACUGGUGGGACAUGGUGUUCCCUCCCAUUCCCAGUAUCACCAAGGUAAUUCUGCCCAAUUUGGAGGAGUACCAGAAGAAGGGGAUUGAGGCGUUUACAGCAGCAGAAGAUGCGCCGCCAGAUGCGGUCAUGAUAGCGUCAAACUUCUGGGACAUUGCAGGCCUGUAUUUCCACGGCGGCAAGAAGUUUGAGGGGACGCCCCUGGAGCACAGGAUGUUUCCACAGGACUUCAUGGCCUUCUGGACGCAGAACUUCACCACCAUACUCAUACACCUGCGGGAGAGUGUGCCAGAGGGGACAUUGCUGGUGUACCAUACGGAGCAUAUCCCAGUCCAGACCAAAGACCCGCAGAAGUGGGAGACCGACGCAUUUCUGUACCAGCACGUUGCACAGCUCAACGCAGCUGGCAGGCACGUGGCUGAAAGCCUGGGAUUCCAGGUGAUAGACUUUGAGGCGAUGGCGGCGCAGCUGCCAAAGGAUGACAUGCUGGAUGACAUCACCCAUCCCAAACCUGACUUCCUUCUGCAGGUGCUGAACAUGCUGCUCAACAUGGAGCACGAGCACAGGAGGCAGCUGCACAGGCAGAGCAGCCAGCAGCACCAGCAGACUCGCAUGACCGGCAGGGUGAGGUGGCUGCAAAAUCACCACGUCUAACCCCCAGCAUUUACCCCCAGGAUUAAUCGCCUCUCCAGUGGGGCUUUGACAUUCAAACGGAGAGAACAUUUCCAAGGCACAGAGGCAUCUGAGAGGAAGGAGACAAAUUUAGGAGCGCACUCGGCUUGUGCAGAUAAUCCUGCACCUUAGUUCUAUGGCAGAUCACAUGCGCUUUUGAUGCCGUCACCCUCGGAAAGAGGUGGCUUUGGGGUGAGUGCGCACAGCAUUCUGCCAAAACAUCUCCCCUUCCUGCUGGUGUUGUAAAGAGCACCCAAUGCAAAGAGGGAGUUGAAGAUCAGCAACACAGCCGCAGUGACCCCUCUAUUUCUGCCGGAUUCAGUUGGGCAGCUUUUU